UCAGGAUAGAAGGCGCGCUCUCAUUUAUUAGUAGCGGACCAUCCGGGAGCUGCUUGGGUACCGUCGGAUAAAAAGAAGGACUUCAUCCGCUGAAAUGCCAGAGGACACGGUGAUUCAGCAGCAGGCUGCGCCAAGCCCGGUGGCGCAGCAGAAAGCGGGACGAGGCCCCGUCGCCUGCCAGAACUGUGGCAAGCCUUGCAAAGGGGAGGCCCUGCGAGUCCAAAAUCAACAUUUCCACAUCAAGUGCUUCGCGUGUAAAGUAUGCGGCUGCGAGCUGGCCAACGGAGGCUUCUUCCUGCGGCAGGGCGACUACUUGUGUACCCUGGACUACCGGCGCCUGUACGGGACUCGCUGCUUCAGCUGCCAGGACUUCAUCGAAGGGGAGGUGGUCUCCGCCCUGGGCAAGACCUACCACCCGCACUGCUUUGUCUGCGCCUCCUGCAAGCAGCCGUUCCCCGCCGGUGACCGAGUGACUUUUAACGGCAAGGAGUGCGUCUGCCAGAACUGUACCCAGCCCCUCCCCGCCGACAGCCCCGUCCCCAUCCAGGCUGUCCACAACUGCUGCGGCUGCGGGAAGGAGUUCAAGAACGAGCAGUCCCUCGUCGCCCUGGACAAGCACUGGCAUCUGGGCUGCUUUAAGUGCAAAGUGUGCAACAAGGUGCUCAACGCCGAGUACAUUAGCAAGGACGGGAUCCCCUUUUGCGAGAUGGACUACCACGCCAUGUUCGGCAUCCAGUGUGAGAGCUGCAAGAAGUACAUCACCGGGAAAGUCCUGGAGGCCGGAGAGAAGCACUACCAUCCGUCAUGCGCCCGCUGCGCCCGUUGCGAGCAGAUGUUUGCGGAAGGAGAAGAGAUGUACCUCCAAGGAUCUUCCAUCUGGCAUCCCCCUUGCAGGCAGGCUGCCAAGCAGGAGGAGAAGAGUAAGGUGACCCGAACGUCGUCUGAGAGCAUCACGUCUGCCCCGGCGUCCAGUGCCUCAGGCUCUCCCAACAGAGUCAUUUUUGCCAAGCUCGGAGAAGAGAUGCUGGACUACAAGGAUCUGGCGGCCCUUCCCAAGACCAAGGCCAUCUACAACAUAGACCGGCCCGACAUGCUGUCAUACUCGCCCUACGUCAGCUACCCGUCUGAAGAGAGGCACUACGGCGAGGGUGACGGGGAGAAGUCGCCGCGUCAGCGACGGCCCUCCAGCCCCAGUUCCAACAGCUCCACGGGGGGGUUUGGACGCUACACGCCGUCCCGGUCCCCCCAGAACAACAGCCGACCAGGCUUCGAACAGGACUCGCUACCCGGGACAUCCUUGCAUCUCGCUUUCCCUUCCCCUAAUGGCAGCGAAAGCGGCCGCAGCACCCCGAGUUUGUCCGCCUACUCUGACGGCAAGUCGCCGUCGUCCGCCUCGACGUACGUGGCCGCGCCCCGCCAUUUCCACAUCCCAGAGACUGAGGUCAAAGAUAAUAUCUAUAGAAAACCCCCCAUCUACAAACAGCAUGCUUCCAGAACGUCCUGGCAGGACGGAGACGAGAGCAAGAGGACCAGUUGGACGAUGUUGAAGAGCGACGUCGACGGCCAGAUGGGCGACCCGUCCAAGUCAACCUGCAGUUUGCCCGCGAAUGCCUCUCGCCCCCAUUUUCCUCAUAACAAAUCUGCAUCCUUGCCUGGUUACGGAAGGAAUGGCAUCUACAAGGCUGCCGAGAUGGUUGAGAAAGAAGUGGAUCCGGACUCCCGAAGCUGGGGUGGCACGAGAGAGUACAAGGUAAGACGUCCUUUUUUUUUUUUUUUUUUUUUUUCAAAUAUUUCACACUUGCACGCAGUUAUGACAUGACGUCUCUCGGUGAGCGCAUCUCAUUUUCUCCAGACGUACCCUUACGAAAUGCUGGCAGUGACAAAUCGAGUCAAAGUGAAACUCCCCAGAGACGUCGAUCGCACCCGGCUGGAGAGACAUCUCUCGCCCGAAGACUUCCGGAAGGUGUUUCGGAUGACUCUGGAUGACUUCGACCGUCUGGCCCUCUGGAAAAGAAACGACUUGAAGAAGAGGGCUCGGCUUUUUUAGACGCUCCGAGCUUUGCGCGCAAUACAAGCGGGAAUGUCGGACCGGACCGGACCGGACCCGGCGACCUUCCGGCUCAGAACUGUUUGCAUGCCCCUUGCUUGUAGCGCCACCCGCAGUCCAACACGCGCAAUGUCAUCUUGAAGCCGCCACCGGCGCCGGACCGCGGGCGUUCUCACCGUCAUUUGGCCUGAAAAGCAUUUCUUCCCCUGCGUUGCCAUGGAAAUGUCCCACUUUUCUGCAUCCAAACAUCAUAUUUUUUUCCCGAUUGGAUUCCCGUGGAAUUGUGUUUCUUCUCCGCACGCUACCAAUUUAUUCUCAUGUCGGCGCACUUUGUCCCUGGUAUGUUUCGGAAUUUCUCGUCAUAUGAUUUACGUUACCUUCUGACUUUUUUUCUUUUAAUGCGACAACUUUAACCUCGGUAAGUUUACAACUCUUAUCAUUUCAUUCUCAGAACAAAAGGAAAAUGAGGACUUCACAAGAGCACGUUUACGACUUUUCCGUUUAAUAUUCUGGCUUUCCUUCUGUUGGUUUACAAUUUUUUCUUCAUUCUGGCAGUCCUCAAACACAUGUUACAUAUUUUAUUUUCUUCUGCUGCUCCCCCCCCCCCCGUGUUUUGCUGCUAAAUACUCGUCAGAACAUUCAAUGUGCUAUUUUUUUGGGUUUUUUUCCCCCCUUAACCCCUUAAUGAGCACCUGUUGAAGCCAUGAAUCCAAAACUAUAAUGUAAUAUAUAUAUCUAUAUCGUUUUCGCUUUAUUUACCCCAUGCCGCUUUGUUUGUUGGCUGAAAGCGUGACAGUUGUGCUGCAAAAGAAAAACAUGACAAAACCGCAAGCCGUACGUCUGGCUCUACUACUGCAUAAGAUGCAUUUAUGUAUACGACCCAUCGCAUGAUAAUGAUUCCUUUCUGUCGAAAUUAUAAUAUACUAAACAGAGGAUGGACCGCUCGCCAUAACUUAUGAUAUGCAGGAAGGGAUGUUUCUAUUGUCUUGGAUUUUUUUUUCUUCUUUUUUUUUUUUUUUUUUGCUGCUGGAUGCAUACAUACAUAUCAUGUUAAGUUUGCACCUUGUGGGUAAAACACUGUUUCGUGUUCCUAAUAUUCCUCCGCCAUUAAAGUGCUUUAUCCAACCGCAGCCCGCUCGAGUGUCCACCGAGAUUAUUAGCGUGUGUGAUGUUGUGAUUGAAAAUCAUAUAUUUUUUUUUUUGCGAGUGUAUAUUUUUAUUUGUUAAAAUCUAAAAGUAUAUUUUUGUUUGAAAAUGUCUUGUUCUCAGCUUGAACAUAAAUAGUAUUGUACAAAAAU